GCUCAACGAACGAGACGCCAAGUUUGUUCGUUUGGCACUCGAGUACACCACCACCAGACCAGUCCAGUACUAUACAUAACCUCAUCAAAUCAUCAACCUCUUCUCACGACCUCGAGCCUCCUUCUCCUCUGGCUGAUCGGUAUCCAGCUCUCAUCGAGCCCGUUAUUGGUGUCCGUGUCACCCCCUGUUAUCCGUCAACGCCCCAUCCUUCAUGGGCGGGAUGCCACCACCACACCCUGGUCCUGAUCCUCACUAACGCUACGAGGGUCAUCCUCCUCAUUCUCGUUGUGUUCCGCUCCGUCCGCUCCGUCCUCCGGUCGUCAUGUUCAAGUCCUCGCCCAGUGUCAAUCUGAAGCGCACGGGCAGCCACCCGCACGCCGCCCAUUCGUCGUCGCACUCGAGUGGAGCCUCGGGACUGGCGGUGUGCGCGGAUUGUGCCGCCUCGGCCCCCUUGUGGGCCUCGAUCAAUCGGGGCGUGCUCUUAUGCGGGGAUUGCGCGUCCAUUCACCGAUCCCUGGGGCGACACGUCUCGCACGUCAAGUGUCUGAGUCGGGGCGGGAAUUGGAUUCCGGAGCAAUUGUCCAUGGUGCAGUCGUUAUAUUCAUGCGGGGCCAACUCGAUUUGGGAGUAUUCGUUACUGAAUCCGGGCAGCUCGUCGAGUAAGGGCUCUCGGAAGAAGCCUUCGCCUUCGGACCCGUUGCAUCCGAUUAAGAGCGACUUCAUCACGGCCAAGUAUUUGAAUUUGACCUAUGUGUAUCGACCCGCCAAGGACGAGCCCGUGGUGAGCGAGUCGGAUUUGAGUCGACAACUACAUUCGUCGGUUCGAACGGCCAAUUUGGAGACCAGCUUGAGGCUCUUGUCCCAAGGGGCUGACCCGAAUUACUAUCAUCCCGAGAAGAACUCGACCCCGCUCCAGGUAGCUGCCAGGGCAGGCCAGACGUGUCAGGUGGAGCUAUUAUUGGUGUACGGGGCGGAUCCAGGGGCGGUAGACAAGGGCGGACGGACGGCCUAUGAGUAUGCCCAACAAGCUGGUCACGGAGUUCUCGCUCAUCGAAUUCAUGGCGCGCAGUACGAGCUCUCGGAUCGGCUCUCGUUCUUCUUGUGUCAGAAAAAGCCGGAUCAUGUCAGUGGACAGCACUUCAUUGUUCCGGAUGUGGAGGUGGAACGAAGUCCGGAUCGGGUCCUAGCCAAACGCAAGAUGCAAAUGUUGAAUAACGCCGUGUUCGAAGAGCUAGCUAUGGAUGUGUACGACGAAGUGGAUCGCCGCGAGACGGAUAUCGUCUGGGCCACCAUGGAGGCCAGUCUGUCGGCCAAGAAUGCGGCGGUCAUCCCGUUCUUGCCGGUGAAUCCGGAUUACGGGACCACGCGAAAUCAAGGGCGACAAAAGCUGGCCCGGCUGAGCGCCAAAGAGUUCUCUAUCCUUGUGUUGGAUAUCCUCAAGGAGAUUCGACGCCGUCAGAAUGAGAUGGAUUCGAAAUGGCCCCCGGGUCAGAAGAUGCCCAGUCCGUUGCGCGAGACGCCCGUGGGAACUUUGCGGGGUUCGGCCAAAGUAGGACAGACCAAGUCAUUGCCAGUGCAGCGGGUAUUAUCCUCGACCGUGUCCGAUGACGAGCCCAUCUAUGACCACGUGGCCUCAGACGACGACUACUACCAUAUACCUGACACGCCCGACGAGAGAAGUAGUGAAAGUGGCGGUGGCACCUUGCCGCGACGGCCUCAUAGCUCUUCAGGAGGCGGUGGCCGUCCUCGGUCGUCCGCCCGCCAAUUGUCCAGUAAUUCGUCGCCAGCCAAAUCAAAUCAUUCGUCCAUGGGUGGCCAAGACACGUUGAAUUCGGGUAUGAAGUCUUUAACCCUACAACCCAAUGAGUAUCGAGAGCUAAGAGCCCAACUCAACGACUCUGAGGUCAAAGUCCAAAUGCUCAUCGAGAGCAACGACGACAUGCGAGGUGAGAUCUCCAGAUUGUCGCUCACCGUGAACAAGCUCAUCUCGGAGAACGAACAACUCCGGUUGUCCUUCAGCCCCUCUCACAGUAACAGUGUCAGCGGCGGUAUUGGGGGAGGAGGGGGCAGUCAUUUAAGUGGUAGCAACCAUUACAACAACAGUUCAUCCACUGCCAACCUGAUUCGGGGUUUAGAAGCAGCCAAUUCCUCGGCCACUAUUCCCUACGUGGACGGUGUAAGCAAUCGAUCCAGUCCAGCUCCCACCAACCCUAGGGGCAGCUCCGUGUCCAUGUACGAGCCUCGAAAUAAUAUCCUAGGAGGCUCAGGUCCCACCAGCAUGCCUUCGCCUGGAGCCAAUUACCUGACUUUACAAGGCACCCGAUAUCCAAGUUCGAGUCAAGCUCCGUCGAUCAACAAUCAUCGGCCUCCGUUUUACGACUCCUACGAGUACGAUCAGCUCCAUAUGCAGCAACAGAGCAAUAGCCUCCCCUAUUCACUAGCGAGUUCCCAACACCAUGAAUACGCGGAUCCCCGAGAAUUGACGCACUCCGUGAGUGGCAGCUCGGGCAGUGAUUCCUCCACCCUUCCCAGUCAAGAAGAGGUUGUGCGCCGAACCGAGGCCAUCACCCGAUGCAUUCAGGAGUUACUCGUGUCAGCCAAAGAUGACAAAUUCGACGGUUUCAUCCCUUGUUCCGAGCGCAUCGUCCGAGCUGUCACGGAUAUGGUGCUCUUGUUUCCGGAGGAGCCCGGAGAUUCCGCUAUUUCCGCCUCGUUGUCUUCCCUCACGGCCGCUUCAACCCAUUUUGAGACGGAGUGUCGGAUCCUGAUCGCCCGAUCCCAUAGUGAGCCACUUCAUCAGAGCUUUGUUUUCCAGCAGGUGAUUCAGUGUGCGUUCGAUAUCGCCAAAUCGACGAAACAACUGGUAGCUCUCUUCCAGUAAGACGAUGUGGCUAAUGAGGUUGAUAACGAUGUAACGAUAACCAAUGAUGAACAAAACAAUCAAGUUCCUUUUUUAUGGCAAUUCCGAUAUAUUUGCGGGGAAAGAAAAGAGAGAAUGCCUUAACGAACAUUUUACAAAGAACUCAAACACCAAUUUUGGGAUUACUAUUCAUACUAGUAUCAAAAUGUUAUUUCUAUUACGUACUGCUCUACUUCCAUACACCAUUUAUAUUCAGUUGUGAAUGGUGAUCGAUAAUCAAAACAGCAUAAAUUGACUAAAAACAGUUACUUCGCACAAUAUACGAGGGAAAA